GCCUUAUGAAUGGGACCCAGGGGUUCAGGUAUGGCACCAGCUUGAGACCACUGUUAAAGGGGUGCGCCCUUCUGUGGCUCUCAGCUCGGGCCCACUUUGUCUAGGAGGUAUGUCCCUCCCCAUCCGACUUUGUUUUCCAAAGGGCUUGAGCUGCUCUAAGCACAGCUCAAUGGGUAGGAGGCCCUGAGCGGGUUUGUUUCACAUCACCUUACGUCAGGAAGCCCCUUUCUUUGUAACUGGAGUGCCUCCAAUUUGCCUUCCUAUCCCGUUUCCUCUCCUUUUUUCUCUCUGGCCUCAUUCUUUGGCCACCAGGUGUCACUCUUGACAGCCAGAGUCAGUAUUCCAGGGCUUGUAGGGUGGAGGGGCAGCUUGGCCAGAGGAGGGUGCUGCUGGCUCAGGUUUCCCCGGGAGCCUGGGUCACGUGUCCAUCUCUUUGGGGGGUUUCUCAGAGUCACAGCUGCUCUUGGGCUUAGGCAAGGCCUGACUGGAUAAUUGGGGACUCCCUGUGCCGUUGAGGUGGAGAAGUAGGCGUUGUUGGGGCCCACACAUCAAAGCAAAGUUGAAAAAGGAAAGAUUAAAGAAACCUAACCUGUUGAGCGGUGACUAAGGUUGGUGAGGAGGGAGAAAGCUUAAGGAAAGUGAGAAUGUGAGACUGGCAGUUGGAAAGUCUGGGCUUGCAGGGUAGAUGGAGAAGAGUUAGUGGGAACCUAAGAAAAGUUGUCCUCUGUCCCCAAAAUCCCCUCAGUUCCACAGUUUCCCCGGGAGCCUUUAUCAACAUUGUGGGCUUUGUCAGCAUGGGCGCAACUCAGGUUUGAGAAUUUUCUUUGACAUCAUCAGAAACCUGGGCAUCAGAAUUCUUAUCUGAGUCAUAAGAGCCCUGGGGGUGGGGGAAGGUGGGUGGAGUGAGAGGGCCUGGUUUGUGUGGCUUCGUGGAGGGAGGUGGAAGGCGCGAUUUCCUAACUGUUCUUUGUGUCCUCUUGUCCGGGUGCACCCAGGGGGAAACCUGACCACCGUGGCUGCCGCCUCCAGGCCCAGGGGAGUAGCGCUAAGCAGAGUAGCAUUGGACUUUUUAAUGGAAAUUUCCUGAUGACAGGGUGCAGCCCUGUGUUUGCCAUGCAGCACGUCGUGGGUGUGCCCCCUGUGCUGGUGCGGAGAGGCCUCCUUGGAAGGGACCAUUCUGUGACCAGGACUCUCUGCAGCCCAGGCCCCAGCCAGCCAAGAGAGAAAGGACCUGAGGAGGUGGCCCUUGGGCUGUCCCACCGUGUCACUGCGCUGGGAAGAGCCCUGGGGCGUGGCAUUCGGCAGCGAGCGUCCUCCACAGCUAAGACUUGGUGGGACAGAUAUGAAGAGUUUGUUGGACUCAAUGAGGUUCGAGAGGCCCAGGGAAACGUGACUGAGGCGGAGAAAGUGUUCAUGGUGGCUCGGGGGCUUGUGCGCAAGGCUCAGGAGGACAUGGAGGUGCAGCAGGCCAAGCUGAAGGAGGUGAGGGACCGCUUGGACCGAGUCUCCCGAGAGGACAGCCAGUAUCUGGAACUGGCUACCCUGGAGCACAGGAUGCUGCAGGAGGAGAAGCGGCUUCGCACGGCCUAUGUGCGUGCCGAAGACUCAGAGCGAGAGAAGUUCUCCCUCUUCUCUGCGGCUGUGCGGGAAAGUCACGAGAAGGAGCGCACUCGGGCGGAGAGAACCAAGAACUGGUCCCUCAUCGGAUCAGUCCUGGGGGCCCUGAUUGGUGUGGCUGGUUCCACCUACGUGAACCGUGUGCGGCUACAGGAGCUGAAGGCCUUGCUCCUGGAGGCACAGAAGGGGCCUGUAAGCCUCCAGGAGGCCAUCCGAGAACAGGCAUCCAGCUACUCCCUCCAGCAGAGGGACCUCCACGACCUCACGGCUGACCUAAGGGGCCUGGUGCAAGCUAGGCCAGGGCAGAGCUCUGGUUCCCAGGCAGGUACUUCCCACAGCCAAGACAGAGACACAGAUGUCCUUUUAGCUGCCUUGAAAGAGCAGCUCAGCCAUUCCAGGCAGGUCCGUUCCUGUCUAGAGGGUUUACAAGAGCAGCUUGACGGCCUGGAAAAGACUUUCAGCCAAACGGCUGGGGUGGUUCAGCUUGCAAAGGCUGUGGCACAUCCAGGCCUGGUGGACCCAGCAGAUGGGGCGCUGCCUGGCUCCUUGCUGGAGCAGGGGGUCGUGCUUAUGGCGCUAUCGGACAUGGAGCAGAGGCUAGAAGCCCAGGUCAACAGGAACACCAUCUACAGCACACUGGUCACCUGUGUGACAAUUGUGGCCGCAAUGCCUGUGCUCUACCUGUUUUUCAGAGCCAGCUAGCCCCCGGACCAUCCUCUGGAGGGCCUGAGGGAUGGGUGUGGAUGCAGAUGUAGUUAGAGAAUCCCAGCAGUGAAGUGAGCCUUUGGGGUGCACACAACCUCAGCUGGAAUCUGAAUACCAUCUGCGUGGCUCACCAGCAGGCAUACUUUGCUUUUUAGGCAACGUUCGUUUACAUUAAUUAUGAAAACUUUGUGCUAAUGUCCAAUAAAAUGUCUUUGAAUUUGUAUUAAAGUAA